UUUGUCUGGUGAGUUUGGAGGCACUGCACGCCCUUUCAUGCCCCAUCGGUUUGCAUAUUUACUAGACCAAUGUAAAAUAGGACCACAACUUCAAGUUCUAUAUAAGAAACCUUCAUCUCUCACCAAUUCUAAAACCAACUCACACAACACAAAACACAUCUUCUAAAGAGAAGUUCCCAUUUUCAUUCCCAAGAGUUUGAGCAAAGGACAAGUGUUAGUUUGCUCUAGAAAUGAAGAUGGGUAGUGUAACCAUUGGAGGCUCAAAGAGGAGAAUUUCAAGCAGAGGAGUUGGAGGAGUUCUCAGGGAACAGAGGGCUAGGCUUUACAUCAUAAGAAGGUGUGUUGUCAUGCUUCUCUGCUGGCAUGACUAGUGGUAGAAAACUUGAAGACUUGAAAAAUCCCAACUUUUUCUUCCAUGGCAAAGGAAUAAGAUUGGUUCUUUUUCUCUUCUUUGUUUUUGAUCUUCCCUUGUUUAUUUUUUCUUUCUUCCUCUGAUUCAUGGUGGAGUGUACAUAGCUGACGGCUGGAUGAAUAUUAUGGGAGAGAUUAGUAACAAUUUUUUGUAUGGCUUGGGAUUUAUGUAAAUCGGAAUAGCAAUGAAUUAUAAUGAUUAACAAUUUAAAUUUUAUCAUA